GCGGGGUCAGCCACCAGCAGGAAGAGCAGCGCACCAGCUGGGACUCUGGACUCCUAUGAGGACGUGUGGAGGUCCAGCAACCAGCAGGUGAGCCACAGUUUACUGGACACCAAGACCGACGCUUUUGUGACGCUUCCUCCGGGGGAAAUCAGACCUCCGGGCAAACUGAUGGGCAGAACCCACCACGUCACCGAGAAAGUAACCCAGGUUCUAUCGCUGGGUGCUGACGUGUUACCAGAGUACAAGUUGCAGACCCCCAGGAUCCAGAAGUGGACCAUCCUGCACUACAGUCCUUUCAAAGCCGUGUGGGACUGGGUCAUCCUGCUGCUGGUCAUCUACACCGCCAUCUUCACACCUUACUCCGCCACCUUCCUCCUCAGGUGGGUAAACAUUCACACGCCGGAGACCUUCCCAUACAUACAUUUGUUUGGCUUUUAUUUUGAAAGUAUUGUCCUCAAAUAA